CAGGACGAAUCAUUAAUUCAUGGAGGAGCCACCCAAUUAAGUCUAAGGAAAGUUUUGAGCUUCCAGUUCAAAAAUAGUCAUAUUGAGAUUCCAAUACUUUUACGAGAAUGAUUCUUGCACAUAUAGGCUAUUUGUUGAUUAUGAUUAACAUUCUCAGUUUCAUUCUGAGUGGCCUACCAUACAGUCAUGGGGAGACGAUCGAUAGAAAAAUUUUGAAUGUUGGGGAGGAGUUGUGGAAGGAAACUCUGCCAUUACAAAUGGGAUCCCGCCUUUACCUACUGGAGGGGGUUAAGUCUUAUACGUCUUACGAAGUGAAGAUAUCAUAUCCAGCUUUUAUACCUUCAAGAUUUUCUCUGCUGCUUACAAGAGGAAAUUCAAGCUUAGGGCAGAAUUGGAAGAGAAAAUUACUCAAUACGGAGAAGUUGAUUUUCAAAACUGAUAAUCUGGAAUUGUCAAGUGACCAGGAUGGAAUGUACGUCCUGGCGACUGUGGAGCCUAAAGGGGUGUUUGCACUACCAAAUGUACAGGAGAGAAAAGAAGUCAUUUUUAACAUAGGUAACUUCAAAUUCCCCUCUUAGAUUAUAUCAUGCCCA